AUGUUCGAGCAAGACGUCGUUGGCGAGAGCCCGGGAAAUGUAAAGGACGUGGAGCAGGGCUUGUCCAGUGAGCUUAGUUCUGGAGACGUUGGCGCAAAAGACGUAGAGCAGAACUUGUACAGCGUGCUUGAUUUUGUCAAACACGUCAGUCGACUGGCAAUCUAUCGCUCGUAUGAGAACUCUGCCGCGUACACAAAACAUCUAGUGGCAAAUGCUGUGAAAGCCGACUUGGCAAGUAUGGGCGUGGACCGCGCGCACCCCCUGGAGUAUGAAGAAGUUUGUCUUGAAGUUUGUGGAGUCAAGCUGGUCGCAAGACCUGUAGAAACCAGCACAAGUGCCAAGUUGCGUGUUUUGGCGAUUGCUCCCCCGGCGUCGGAACAUGUGAAGAAGUACUUAAAGGACGUGCCUGCGUCCUGGGAAAAGGCGUUGCAAAAUUCUGCGGUCCCACUGAAAGAAAUUGAUGCUAAGAAAUACCAGCGUUGGAUCCGGAAUUCCCGACUAAAGAAAGCCGGCUGUGCCACCGGAGUAGCCACUGCGGUCGUCAGUACCGGGGCCGCAGGUUUUUUCUUUUGGCACUGGCUCACGUCCAUCCUACCAGACGGCCCCGAGCUGUCCCUGUAG